CUCAAAUCGCGCGCAUUUGGAACAAAUCCGAGUUUUGCUUCUUCACUCAGCUUGGGAAAAAAAAUCUAUAUAAUCUAUGAGAUAGUUUUAUUAUUUCUUAAAAAACUUUCCACCUCUUUUUAAUUGGCUGACAAUGAUGGCAAAAUCAAUCUUUAGGUUUAGCAGCGGCAGCUGAUAAUGGAUCAUGUGAAUGAUAAUAUGAAUUCAAAUUUCAAUUGGAUUUGUGCGUCAAGUCGUGUGCAAUUGGAGGAUAUCUAUGCUUUCUACGGAAAUUGAACGUUCGUGGUAUAUAGAUGUUGUGCAAUCUUCCAUAAAAUCUUUAAUACAGACUUAGUCAAAAGUUUGGGAAAUAAGUUGAUGUGAACAUGUCAAGUAUUGGAAUUAGUGGCAAUUGUUUUGGAAACACUGAAAUAAAAAUCGUCGCUAGAUACGGAUAUUUUUAAGAGUGAUGUUGAUUCGAUCUGUGUUAGAAAAUAAAAGUCAUCUCAGCAAGGAGCAGUUUUGAAUAUUAUUGAACAAAUAAAAUUUUUUUAAAAUAAUAAACAUAUAUAAAUCCUUUCAUUUAAAAAUCGUCAUAAUAUCAGAAUGGCUUUCUAUGUUUUAUAUCGUUAAUUUAUUUUUCCUGUAUAGACAUUUCGCUUUAUUUUUUAUUUCAAAUUCGACUAUGAAAAGCAACUUUCUUCUAAAAUGAGUGUGGAAACAAAAAAUAUUCAUUUAGUCUUUGUUUACAAAAAUUACCUGAUAUUAUGGUAUUUUAAAAAUAUUUAGCAGUAUAUAUUUAAAAAUUUCAAAGGAUUUAUGUUUAAAAGCAAUAAACUUAUAUUCCUAUUAAUUGCUAUUCAAAUAAUUUAAUCGUUUUGUUUUCGAAUUCACGAAAUAUAUUGCCAUAAAUACAAACAUAUUUCAAAACGUUUGAUUUCCUGGUUUAAAUAAAUCAUGAAAACUAUUGAAGAUGCUUAAAAUUUUCAAUUAACCAUUUUGUAUAUAUUCUAAGAAACGAAAUGAUUCUUAAUGUGAAAUAUCUUUCGAAUUUAUCAGUCCUACAUACAUAAACUAUCUUUAAUAUAACAACAAAAACCUCGUAUUGAAGUGAAGCAAGUUAGUAGCAACUAGUUAUGCUUUUUGAAAUAUAUUUAUAAUGGAAUAACUGAUCGAAAAAAAAGCAUUCCUCUGCUUCAAGAUGUUGCAAGAGACUGAAAGUUUGACUAAAAGUAGUGGCAACAGAAGCGUCAGCAAAGUUACUACGGAAGAAAGCCCGUUCGAGGCUAUAUCAUCUUUAGAAGAAGCAGACUGCUACCUAUCUUUCUUGUCUCAGCCUUAUCCUCAUACAGGAAGAGGUGAACUUUACUGCAACAGCACGUACGACGGGGUUUCUUGUUGGCCUACCUCGGCGGCUGGAAGUAUGGCUUACGUCCCUUGCUUUGCUGAGUUCAAUGGAGUGAGAUACGACGUUAACAGCAAUGCAAGUCGAUAUUGCUUGGAGAACGGAACUUGGUCUACUUGGUCAAAUUAUCGUUCUUGUACACCGCUGACAUUGCAUGAAGAAGAAUUUUUUCAGGUGCUAUGGGAUAUGAAGGAAGCAGCGACGAUAUACUAUGUGGGGUAUGGAAUAUCAUUGGUUGCGUUGAGUCUCGCCUUGUUUGUCUUCUUCUACUUCAAGGAUUUAAGGUGCCUCAGGAACACUAUUCAUACGAACUUAAUGGUAACUUAUUUGCUCAUCGAUUUGACGUGGAUACUCACUGCUACCCUACAAUCGAAUCCGAAUCCUAUUACAGCAAAGGUUGCUUGCUUCUUGGUGAUUUUGCUCACAUAUUUAAUGGCUACCAAUUUUUUCUGGAUGUUUGUAGAAGGUCUUUAUCUGUAUAUGUUGGUGGUGGAGACGUUUUCUAUUGAUAAAAUUCAGUUUAAAACGUAUGUUGCUAUUGGCUGGGGUACUCCCGCAAUUGUUGCUACUGCAUGGUCCGUCGUAAAAUGGUUCGCUAGUGGAGCAUCUGACGAACCAUUUUCUCAAAGAGGAUGUCCUUGGCAGAAUAAAGAUUUUUAUGACUAUGUUUUUAGCUGUCCUGUUAUGUUGGUGCUUUUGAUAAAUAUCUUCUUCCUCUCAAAAAUAAUGUGGGUGCUUAUUACGAAACUUCGAGCUUCUAAUACAGUCGAAUCAAGACAAUACAGGAAAGCAGCAAAGGCUUUACUGGUGCUAAUUCCUCUGCUCGGCGUAACGUACUUGGUGGUCAUCGCGACUCCCAGUGAUCCCCUCGCUGAAGUGGUCUUUGUUUACAUCCAAGCAACAAUGCUGUCGAUACAGGGGUUCGUCGUAGCUGUUUUGUAUUGCUUCUUAAACGGAGAGGUUCAAAAUUCUCUUAGACAUCAUUGGGAGAGGUGGAAGACUCAAAAGACGAUUGGAAAGAGUCCAAGGCAUUCCACUGGCCAUAUGUCUGCACGUCACGGGGAAAGCAUCGCCCUCUACAAUACCAGAGGCGUGCGCGAUAGCUGUACCAGUUUCACGACCACCACUUCCAUCGUCAACGUUCCCAACAGAUCUCCAAAUGCCAAAAGAAGCAGCUCGCUAAACCACUUGGCUGUCCAAGAUGACAUGCUAUAGACUGUUCUGUGUUACGUGCGUCUUAAAUGCUGUACUAGAACUCGGCUCGCAUUACGUGCUUGCAAUAUAAAUUUCGUACUUGCGAUAAUUGUGUGUGCAGUGUAAGAACGCCAAGUGAAAAAUUGUAUUUUCUUUACUCAUAUCUAUGGCCUUUCUGUGUGAGUAGUACGUACAGUUAUUGAGUGAAAAAUAAUAUCAAUGGUGUUUUUUUGACUCUUAUCAUCAUUUGAUGUCCUAACAUUGUGGGAUAAAUUAAGACCAAAAUAGUUAUCGUUGAUCAGACUUUGAGUAACGGUAAAAAAUAGUAGGUCGAACUGAAAUCUACAGAAGCAAAAAGUUAUGAAUAAAUGGUGCUACAUCAAUUCAACAGUAUCGUCAAUAAUGAGUACAAAUAUUAUUAAGCAUAAAAAUGAGCCUUUGCUUUUGUUUGCAGUCAGUUUGAUAAAUUUAAAAAGCAAGUUACAUGACAUAAAAUUUAAAUUAUGUUGAAAAAAUUACUCAAUUUAAUUGAUGUUUUAUUCAUUGGAUUGUUUUCCCUAAUAUUGUGCAAAAAGUUUUCAAAUUUUUAUGAACGUCUUUCAAAAAUAAUAAGUUAUGAUGAAAUUUAAUUGAACCAACUAAUGUGGCACUUUAAAACAUCAAAAGUAUACAUAAGUUACAUUAUGUAUACAUAAAUUACAUAAUGUAUGUGCUAAUAAACUGGUUGAAG